UCAACCGAUAACGCGCGAAAGUUGUACACGUUUGUAUUUCGUAGUUUAAAUUAAUUACGAAAUAAAAUCGGAUUUGUGCAACAUUUGAUUUAAAAUUAUUAAGUUGGAAAGAUUUACGCAAAAUUAAUUGGUUACUGAAUUUAUUGUUUGACUAGUCAUUAAUAGAUUCUUAUUUUUAAAUAAUUUAAUUUUGUGUUUGUUAAACAACAACUUUUGGGGUUUCGAAAUUUGAAUUGCGUACUCGUUUAUUGUAUUGUUUUACAUUUAUUUGGAAAAAUGAGUCUUAGCCGAUUGUGUCGUGUUGUGAGGUGUGAUUUAGUGAAAGUCCAGUCAUCUAGUGCGUUGGUUUCGAAACUUUGGGGACCUUGUGCUCCGAGGGAAGUGAGCACAUGCAGUACGCAACGAGCAAGCGUUGCACAACAUAGUUCAAAGCCAGAUUGGAACAGAGCAGUUAGUGAGGCGGAGAAGAUUGUCGGAUAUCCAACCUCCUUCCUGAGUCUCCGAUGGGUUUUGAGCGACGAGAUUGCGAAUGUGGCGCUGCACCUACGCAAGCUGGUUGGAAGCAACCACCCUUUGUUAAAAACGGCUAAGUUCUCCGCACACACAUUACGUCUACUUCUGAACUUAGUCCUCCCCAACGACUUCCAGGUCGGCCAGUUAACGGUGAAAAUUGACACUCACUUCUUUUCCAGGAAUCUGAUCUACAAUGGAAAGAACAACAUGCAAGCCUGGGGUCUCAUUGUGCUGCUUGUGUCGAAGGCAGCUGGACAUAGCCCUGAGAUACCAGAUAUGGAGCAGGACAAAGCUGCUGGAGUGUUGCACAGCCAACGAGCCUUAGCAGAAGUGACAGAGAUGAUUCGGACCUCUCACCUGGUGCAUAAGGGCCUGGUCAACAUGAACUCCCGUCAACCAAUAGCCGCUGAGCCUGAUGACAUGAUGUUUGGCAACAAGAUCGCUUUGCUGAGCGGAGACUAUCUGCUCGCUAACUCCUGUUCUGAGCUGGCUAAUUUGAGAAAUCAAGAGCUGGUAGAGCUGAUGUCAUCAGCAGUGCGAGAUCUGGCUGAAGCAGAGUUCCUCGGUGAGAGGGAUGAGCAGAACAAUCCUUUGCCUUCCAGACCACUUCCAAAAGACCAGAUAGAAGAGGCUACAGAAUGGGAUAUAAUAACCGAUCCUCUACCAAUGGGUGGAGUGAUCGGCUGCGCUGGUCGUGAAUGGUCAGCUCGUCAUGUGCUGGCUGCUGGAGCACUGCUGGGCAAGAGCUGCUCGGCUGCACUGAAGCUGGCUGGACAUAAACCUCAGUUGCAGACACAGGGCUACCUUUUCGGCUGCCACCUCGCCCUGGCCUGGCAAGCGUUCCUCGAUCUGGAAGCGUUCACAGGGCCUGAACCAGCGAGCUUCUCCCUGGUGGGAGCACCCCUAGCCUUCACGUUAGAAGCUCGACCUGAACUCUACGAGUAUAUCGAGGCUGGCAAGAAGAGUGUCCAGGAUGUUGAUUACCAUGCUCUAUACAAAGCAGUAUUAGCAGGCGAUGGUCUGGAGCAGACGAAGCGUCUCCAGCGGGAACACAUCGCGCGCGCCGUGCACGUACUGGACAGCUUCCCAGACUGCGACGCCAGGACCGCACUCGCCAACAUCAUCGUCGCCAUGCACCACGACCAUCUAUAACAGCUAUGCCAUCUUGUAACAAUUACACCAUGUAACAUUCAUGUCAUAUUGUAACUUUCAUAUAUGUUUGUCAUUUUGUAUCGUUCGUGUCUCGCAAACAUCGCCUCAAUCACAUCACAUGUACCAUGGCCCUUUGUGUCGUAUUGUAACAUCAAUAUCAUGCUGUCACAUUCAUAUAUGUCAUUAUGUAACAUACAUUCUCGCAAUAUUGUGUAACAUCUUGUAAUAUUCAAAAAUUUCACCAUGCAACAUAUCAUGAUGUAUCUACUAGCAUCCAUAUAUUUAUCAAUUAUGAUGAGUUUCAAUCCAUUGCUGGAUAUAAAUAAAAUUGUUUUCAUAGCAAGCAAUUUGGUUCGAUCUUCAGUUCUUCCAACUACUGCUAGUUACAUCGUUUAGGUUUAUGAGAGACAUCUACUGGCAGAUCUUUGUCAAAUCUAUAAACCCUGAGGUUAUUAUAACACCUACGGAAAGAGCAGAGAUGGUGACUAAUUUAACAUAGCCUGUCAUAACUAACGGCUUAAUAUUAAUUUGUUGCUUUCAUUCAAGUCAUCUUGUAACAAUUAAAACAUGUCACGUUGUAACAUAAUACAUUUGUAUCAUUAUGUAACAUUCAUAAUUAUUAUUAUAAGUAUUCGUUUAAGGAACCUAAAUCGAAUAGGCAAUUACAUAGCACUAUACAUUUGUACCUGACGUCUAUUUUUUAUUUUAAAUUUCUAAAAAAUAUUACCAUUACGUCACAAAACGUAACAUCGAACAUUACUCUAUCGGUUCUACAUAUUUAUGUUUGUAUCAGCAAUUUACCCAAUGUCCAUUUUGACAAUAUUGACUUGUCUGUUUAAUCUAAUCAGAAAAGUGAGUAGGUACGUGUGUAUGUAUGUAGAACAUAAGUAGUUAUAAUAUACCUACAUUCACUU